UCGUUUACUUGAAAAUAUAUGAAAUUAAUUUGUGCCAUAUUAUAGGCUAGCCUAAUCUAUUUUGAGUAGGUGAAGUGGUGAAGUGCCAUGGCUUCUCGCGCUGACGAUGAAAGUAGUGCCAGUGACCUGGAUGACGAGAGCUCAGGCCAGUGCAGCUCCACUGACUCAGAUUCCCAGUCGGGAGUCGAGUCGGAUUCCGAGCAUGGAGCUUCCAGAGGCCAAAGUCCCUCCGGGCCAGAACCGUGCAAGUACUACAAUAGUCGUGGCGGCUGCCGGAACGGCAGCAGAUGCUCCGACCAGCACGUGUGCAAGGACUCCUGGAGCGGUUUCUGUCGCAAUGGUCACAGUUGUCGUCUGAAACACAUUGGCGCCUCGGAUUCGGAGGAGGAUUCAGGAGCAGGACGGCGAGGUGGGAGUGGUGGCAGUGGAGGGAGGAGGAAUCCUGGAGGGAGGACCAGGGGGAAUGAGAGGAGGCCUCGCAGGAGAUCACCAUCCAGUGAGAGUGACCUGGAGGAUGGUGAACCGUACAGGUGGCAGCUCGACUGUGGCCGUGGCUGGAAGGACAUCGCCAACGAUCACAUCCUCGAGGCCCAGUACUCCCGACCUUGCACAAAAGGCAUCAAUAUAUACAAUACUCCCUAUGGGGUCAUCUCCAUAGACUUUAAACAUAUGCGGGUUCGGAAAAAGUCCAACGUGAGAGUGCGACGGCGCGGCUCUCAGCAGACUAAAUGGCUCUGGUAUUACAAAGGGAAAAAACGAUGGCACCAAUAUGGAGAAAAGGACUCAAAAGGGAAACAGAGUCCAGUCAAAAGUUCAGUGCUGGAGAAAGAGUACCAGAAACAUAAAAAGGGAUCACAUCAGUUCACCGUAGGAUCGGACACCUUUGAGAUCAGAUUUAAAGACAUGUGCCAGGUAAAUCUGUCCUCUGGACAAAAGCGAAAAAUCAGCCGACGUCCCUUGUAUGACAGUUCUCAAAGUCGUGGGAGUGCUGCGGUGACCCAGGGAAUGAGAAGAACGGACCUGUCCAGUUCACCCAGAGGCCGAUGGCAGUUUAAGGGACAAGGCAAAAAUUGGCACGAUUUUAAAAACAGGGUUGAAUGUUCAGUGACCAGUGCUGACAUUGAGGCCCAGUACCAGCGAAACCCUCAGGGUCAAAUGACCUUCACCGUCAGUGGACAGACAUUCAAGUUAGACUUCUCCGCAAUGACUCAGACCAACAUGAGCACAAAUAAGUCGCGCAGGAUCCAGCGCAAAUAGAGAUGUGAUGGAUUAAGCAUGGGUGCUUUGAUCUCCUCAACUGCACUGCCAAAGGAACAGCGAUGUGAUAACUUGUUUUAAUUAUUAUUAUUACAUCUGAUGUCAUUACAUGAAAAAGAAAAAGGGCCAAUUGUGUAGGUAUAGGUAGGUGAAAGAGGUUUUCAUUUAAGAAAGAUGUAUAUGCAAGUUAAAGAAUAAUACAUGCAAAGCCAUAUUUGGGGAAUUCAGAAUCAUGGAACUUAUGUUUACACAAACGAUUACGUACUGCCUUUAAACAAAGCAGCACAACACUGUGGUCCUUGUUUGGACACGUAUAUUUGGUGCUGAUAUAGAGUUUAAUCAAGAUAUUGGAAAGUUAGUAUUUUUGGAUGGAUGAGAUCAUUAUUGUGUGUAUGUAAUACUUGUUGGACAAUUCAUUAUUGAUCAUGUUAAAUGUAAUUAAUCACAGUUCUUCUCUGUCAGAACUAUCACUUCUGAUCAAUGACAGUCUGUGGGGAAAGGUUGUUGUGUUCUGGAAUAGUUCCUCGUGUUCCUGUUGCUCAUCUGAUAGAACACCACCACCACCCAGAACAUGGAUUCAGUACUCAGGGAACUCACACAUCUCCUAGCUACCUGCGAUAGAUGGGUGGCUAUCAAACUCUCUCCUCGAUCCUCGAUCCUCCAGGCUCGUUCCCACUGAUCUAUAACUAACACUGGAUAGACUAUUCCAUUGUUGCCGCCCCAUCAUUCUUUAUGUAGAUCAGUGAGGACGAGGACCGAGGAAGGAAGGGAGGAUGUAUAAAAGACUAAAUUAGAGACAACCGAUAAAUGAGAUAUCCUCGAUGAUGUAGAGAUUUCCGGGGCACGAGCUCGAGGACUGAGGACUGAGGAGAGAGGCCCUGUGCAAAUAGAGCUUUGGGAUGCAGCCGAUGUCUCUGACCACGGUUACUGCCGGCGUGGGUACAUAAUAACGUGGAAUAAACUGCCAUAUUGACUAUUUUAGAUAUCUGUGUCACAUUGUCAAUGCAAAAACAUUUCUUUUCAUGCAAAUGUGAUGCUCUAUCCGUAUUGCUUUGUACCCCCCCCCCAUUUCACUUUGUCUUCAUUUUCGCUUUAGAUAUUCCUUUUGAUUGCCUCUGUAACACUUUGAUUGCCUCUGUGUAUAAACAUGUCACAUAAAUAAACUUACUUUGCCUUGCCA